GUCAAGGCCAGUGUCGGGCCUCUCGAUAAUGCCAAGAUGGACGCCCUCGACAUCCUGACCCUUGCGAAGAACAUUCUCGACCUGGGCGAAGGUAUUCGUGAGGUCACGGUCACUGCGGAAUUCGUCGCACGCGUCGCCAUCCUCCGCUCCGUCUUCGUCAAGAAGCGUACCGUGAAGGACUCUGAUGUCAAGGCUUACUGGGAGGAGGUCGACAACCGCCUUGCUGACAUCAGGAAGGACAAGACGAGCUCAGAUAUCUCACGCAUCAUUUACCGCUCCCUUCGCGUCGAUAUCGAUUUCUAUGGUAAUGGUGGAAAGGAUAUCAAUGUCGCUGCCAUGCCCUCUGCUCCAUCCUCCAUGUUUGAGUAGCUUACUGUUGUUUCGUGAACUUUCGUGGAUCUACAUACAUUCUUUAAUACUUAAUGCUUUACUUCAUGUAUAUACUCUACUAGUGAGGCUGAAUACAGAUGACUUGUGAUGAUUGCACACCC